AUGAACUCGACCUGCUCGGCUUUCGUGAUAGGCGAAACCGUAUGCCUUCCCCCAAUUAGAAUCCCAUUCUACUUUUCUCUGCGCCAAAGCAUAUUUGAUGACAUUCCAGACACCUACGUCGCACUUGCUGCGCCAGUGGUCACUUUUUGGCUCAUGUCUCUCACGUUCUAUUGUCUUGACAUCUCUAGCUGGCGAUGGCUCGAUAAAUAUCGCGUUCACGAGUCCGAGGAAGUCAAAUCCAAAAAUUUGGUAACGCCCUCAGAGGUCGCACGCGCCAUGAUAUUCCAGAAUGUGAUGCAAACUUUGGUGGGUUUAGCGUGGUUAACAGAACCGCCAGAGAUCUCGGUUGCGCGGUGUCAGAGUGAGAUGGAGGGCUUGGGAAGAAUGCUGGUCUUGGUUGUGCAACGUCUCUUCGGGAAGGAGAUGGGGAUGAAAAUUUUGGAGCUGGGGGGGCCUGAGAUGACCCAUUGGUUGUACUGGUGGGGAAUCCCAGCUGCACAGAUCUUGUUUGCGUUGUUUGUCCUCGACACUUGGGAAUACUUCGUUCACCGCUUGAUGCACACAAACCAGUAUAUCUACAGAAAGAUCCACUCAGUGCAUCACAAACUUUACGUUCCUUAUGCCUUCGGGGCAUUCCACAGCCAUCCUUUGGAAAGCUUCUUGCUAGACACCCUAGGCGUGGCAAUUGCAGAGCGAGUCGCCUGUCUUUCUAUACGACAGGCCAUUUUCUUCUUCGCGUACGGCACAGGCAAGGGUGUCGACGAUCAUUGCGGAUACAGUUUCCCAUUUGAUCCCUUCCAAUUGAUCAGCGGAAAUAACUCAGACUAUCACGACAUACAUCAUCAGGCCGUCGGGAUCAAGUCAAAUUUUUCGCAGCCUUUCUUCGUCCAUUGGGAUGUGCUCCUCGGUACGCGCAUGACCAGAGAAGAUAUUCAAGAACGUAGACAGAAAGUAAAGACGACGUAA